AGUAACAAACAUAAAUUAAAUAAAAUUUGUGAACGUCAACUAAAUUAAAUAUUUUCAAAUUGUGUUUGCAGAAUUGAAUGAUUUGAUUGUGUAUAUUUGCUGCAUAUUUUACUUAGACAAUAUUUUAAAUGAGAAUGACUACAAUGAAAUUUCGUCAACUUAUUGACAUGGCAAUUGGUUUUCCUGAACCAGGUCACGUCAACUUUUCAGCUCUCCAUUGUUUGCUCACUUGUAUAGCUGAAAAAUUAGGAAUCACUGAUGAAAUGAUUGAAUAUUGCAACAAUGAUACUGAAACUGUUUGUUUUUGCAAUAAAGCAUCAAAUUAUGAGUUGUUACAAAAAUCUAGACUACUUGGUGGUACUAAUCCCAAUGAAGAAAAUACCAAUACAGAACAAAAUGAACUUCCGACUGAAUCAAAUGCAUCAACAUUAAAUGAGUCUACCACUCCAGAAGAAAUUCCACUAGUUUCUGAAAUUUUACCAGAGAUAACAGAAGAACAAACAUUUGAGCAAAAGCAAGUUAUUGAGGUACUAAGUCCAACAAAUUCAAAAACCUCUACUAAAUCUCUCACAAAACCUAUAACAUCCCAGUUGUCGGUGCACAAACUAAAAGAACGCAUUUCUAAAAUAGAAAUGACAGUACAACAAAUUUCUUUGUCAAAAGAAUUUUCAUUGGGAAUAGCAAUAAUGAAGGAUCAACUUGAAUUUGUAAUGGAACAGUUGUUGCUUCUAACAUUCCUUACUUUAAGUAAAAAACCCGACUCCCAUCAAAUCCAAACACUCCAUUCAAUGGCUCAAACACUGCGAGAAUUUAAGAAAGAAAACAUUUAUAUCGAUGGAUCUAAUCGAAUACAGUUGCCUGUAGUACAAUCUCUAAAUUGGCAGUCUUCAGGUCUACAACUGAACGAAGAUUUAUCAGAGAAUGAUAUAUUAGAGGCUCAGAAUAUUGGCUCUCGACCUGAUGCUAUUAUAGCUCAAACUACAAUCUUUCAAGAUGAACUUGAGGGUCAUCUGUGUUAUUCUCCCGAAAAGCUUCUCGAUCAACUAAUGGAACUGAAAAGCGAAUUUUGUCUUCUGACGAACAAAGUAAAUGAAGUUUCUUCACGUUUAUUGCAACAAGAGAGUCAACGUACGAUUUCUCUUAUCGCUGAAAUUCAAGAACAAAUGCGAGAUAAUAAGAUCACAACCAUCAACUUAAAAGAAACCCAAAGUCGCAUUGAGGCACGUAUUUCAAACAAUCAGAGCAGCAUCGAGAAUAUGAAAAAAAGCAUUGAAGAUAUAAUGGUGGAGAAAGUAGAUAAAACCGAAUUGGAAAUACAACUAGCUAAUAAAGUAGACUACGAUCAACUGAAAAGAAAGGCUUCUCUGGAUCACCUACAAGAAUUGCAAUGCCGGGUUGAUAAAAAAUUUUCUGAAAUAUUGCGGCAAAUAAAUGAAAACGAAAAAAAGUUUUCACAGACUGUAGAUAAUUUAAAUGAAACCUUAGGUUUUGCUGCCAUUGAAGGAAUUUUAAAAACAUUUAAAGAAAAUAUUACCAAAGAUGUCCAAGAACUACAUAACCUGCUUAAAAACUAUAUCGAUUCGACAAAUGAUGAUUGCGCUGCAGCUGGAGCUCGCAUUAAAGUUCUACAAGAUCUCGCAUGUCUUUCGUGUGACACCAGUUGCAUAAUGCGUACGAUGGAAAAAGCAAAAGUGGCUAAAUUACCCAGCGCCCAUGCAUCAAAUAUUUUAAGUCCACUUAUAACUUAUGAGCUGGGCUCUAUACGAAAAUCCGGUAUAAUGGGUUACUAUCGCAAAGAUGAUUUUCCCCACUCAACAAAUGCUUGGCUGGGUCGUCAGUCGAAUGGCGUGACUGAUCUAAAACAAUGCAUUCCACGACAUGCUGGCGGAGAGCACACUACAAAUAAUGCCAAAGAACGCGUUAAAAAGAUGAUGUCAUAUCGAAAAUAGUCACUUAUUCAGUUUUUUAAUUUACAUUUCCGUUUAGUUAAAUAGAAGAGUUUUGAUGGAAGAUUUGAUGUUUUUCAUUUCCAUCAAGAUAAAAAUAGUAUUGCAACAUCACUAAGUUAUUGAUUAGUUUUGGAGAAUACAAACAAAUUUUGCUUUACAAAGAAGAAUUAGAAAAUCGCUAUUCUGGUAUUAAAAUUAAUGCAAAUUUUUGGAAAAACAUAAAAUUAUAUACAUAAGCGCUGAUAGUAGUGAAAUGUUUCUUCUCAUGAAUUUUUAAUUCCCCUCUAAGGGAAGAUUGCUAUCGUGAACAUGCCGUGAACAAGUCAUUCACAAUAGUUGAUUUUGUUCGCAACAGCUAUUCUUU